AUGGCUUCAGAUAAUCGUAAUCGUCAAGAUAAUAAUAAGCGUUCGAAUAGAAAGAAAAACUUUUCAAAUGAUAAAUUAAAUAAUAAUUUGAGUGAGGACAGUGCGAUUACCCCACAUAGACCGUCAAAUUCCAAUACAAGUAUUUCAAAUAACGAUGGUAAUCCUCAUUCCAAUGAGAGUUCAACAAUUUCCACUGUUCACGAUGAACCUAACAAACGUUCGCACAGAAGAAAAAAACAUCAGAAUCAUGAAAAUAAUGAUUUAAAUGAAAAUAGGAAUAAUACUGCAAUUUCUCCAUAUGGACCAUCGCACACCUAUCCUAAUGCUCAAAAUAAUGAAGGUAAUUCUCAUUUAAAUGAAAGUUCAGGAGCUACUACUGUGCAUGAUGAGUUUAAGCGUUCUAAUAGAAAAAGCAAAAAAAAGCUAACCGAUGAUAGAAAUAAUGAGUUAAAUGAUGGUAGGGAACUUGAUGCAAUUACACCCAACAUUUCAAAUAACGGAGAUGGUUCUCAAUCAAGAAACAAUGCGAUGCGUGACAAGUCUAAUAAUAGUCGUCCGAAUAAAAAAAGAUCUCCGAAUAAUGAAAAUAAUCCAAAUGAAGAUAAAGACCAUAUUGUAACUGCACCGCUUGAUUUUAAUUCUUUAAAUCAUGAUGAUGAUUUUCAUUCUAGUGAAAGCUCGACAUUUGCUACUGGACGUGGUGAGUUUCAGCGUCCCAAUAGAAGAAAAAACAAGCUAAAUGAUAAUGGGAAUAAUAAGUUAAAUGAAGAUAGUGAAUGUGUUGCAAUUACAUCACACAAACCAUCGGAAACUUAUUCUAAUAACGAAAAUAGUUCUCAAUCAGCAAAUACUUUGGUACGUGAUGGGUCUAGCAAUAAGCGUUCAAAAAAAGGAAAGAUUCCAAAUAAUGGAAAUAAUGAUUUAAAUGAAGAUAUAAGUAAUAUUGCAAAUGAGCAAUCAGAUACUUAUUCUAAUACUUUAAACAAUGAGGAUAAUUCUCAUGUUACUGAAAAUUCAUUGUCAGCUGAAUCUUUUGAUAGCAACUUAUCACCUACGAGAGAUGUAUUAUCAAAUAAAAUGAGAGAUACAUUAUCAAAUAGAACAAAUCAAAUGAAUAAAGUGGAUCAAAGUUUUGAUAAUGAAAAGUCAUCCGAUUACUCUUCUAACUCUCAAAAUACACAACAUUUUGAAACCAAUUUUCAUGCUGAAAAUGUAAAGUCGGGUCAGGAAGAUCAUGGUCAGAAUAGUGGUAAGGGUUUAUCCUUACGAAAAAAUGUCGCAUUAAGUAGAGUUCUAGUAGAUUCGUCAAAAAAUCAAGAAGACAAAAUUCAACCAGAGAAUGUAGAUGAAAGUGAUAAUAUCACAAUACUUCAACACGAUGAUAAUGAAAUCUCUAAUCCACAAUUUAGCGAGACUGAUGCUAAUCAAGAUGCUAAUUUUAAAGAAAACAUAGAUAGCAUUGACAAACCCAAAUCUUCUAAGCAAAAAGGAAAAAAGAAGGUAAAAUAUGAUGCUGUCGAGAGUGAUUUCGAUGAUACCGACGAAGAGGAUGAAGAGGAUGUUCACUCUUCUAUCAUUGAUGACGAUCAAAAUAGAAAAGAUAAUGAUAGCCAAAAAAAAUUUUCUGCCUCUUCUAUCAUUGAUGACGAUCAAAAUAGAAAAGAUAAUGAUAGUCAAAAAAAUUUUUCUGCCUCUUCUAUCAUUGAUGACGAUCAAAAUAGAAAAGAUAAUGAUAGUCAAAAAAAUUUUUCUGAUAAAUCUACUUCAUUACAAAGUGAACAAUCUGUUCAGAAAGAAAUUCUUGAUAAGAGCGUAGAACAUGAUGACUUAAAGCAUGAUGAUGACUCUAUACAAAGUUAUAAAAAUGCCUCUGGGCAAAAUGUGCAGCAACAUUCUGUUCAAUAUGGAAUGUCCACAUCGCAACCGAGUGGAAUUACAAAUGUUGUUGGAAAGUUUAUUGAAAAGGUUCUUCCGAAAGGAAAUGAUGAUGACGUUGUAAUUGUGUUUUAUGUUCAUAUGCCAAAAAUCAAUGACAUUGGAAUACCAUGUGUUGUUGGUAAUAUAACAGAAUUAGGUGAGUGGGAUAAACCAACAAUUAAGCUCAUUGAAAAAAAAAUUUCUGGAAAACUUACUUCAUGCUGGGAGUCAAAACCGGUUCGCAUUCCACUUGCUCAAUUUGAAAAAAAAGUUAUUAAGUACAAAUAUGCAAUCAAGGAAAAGGGCAAAAAGAAUAAGCAUAAACAGCAUAAACCUUUGUUACUUGAAGGAGGCGUUGACCGUGUUCUUGAGGCAGACGGGGGUGAUAAAUAUGAGAUUUGGAUGGAAAGUGAUAGAAUUUCUUUUCCUUCUGAAAUUAAGGAUGUUUAUUUAGUGAAAAUCAUUUAUGACUCUGUGACUCUUGAGAACCUUAAAGAAAAGGUUAUGAAAUAUGAAAAGAUUAUGAAGCUUUAUCCGAAAUCAACGAAAGCUUCUACAUCAAUUAAUUUUAUCAUGAGUUCAUUUCUUGAAGAUAAAUCUUUAGAAAAGAGACUUUUCUUAUGCGUUCUUUUGGGUUAUUACGUGAAAGAAAGAGAUUCGCAGUACAGUUCAUUACCUCUAGAAUUCAAAUCAUCUCUUGUUUUUGAUACGUUACAAAAUAUUACUGUCGAAACAUUCCCAUCUGACACUUAUAGAAUCUUGACAUUGACAAUUCCACUUCUGGUUCGACACAACUGUUUAAUUAAUUCACUCGAUUGGCUUAAAAUUUUUGGUGUAGCCGGUUUUAUUGACCCAAAAUAUGAAUUUAUUGAUUACCUGUCGGACUUUAUUUAUAGUGAGAAAAGUAUGCCUAAUUUCCUUAACAGUUUUAACGUUUUGGUUACUCCAGUUAUUCGCACAAUUGAAGAUAAAGAAAUUUAUGCAAAGAUUGCCAAGUGGUUGUUUCGUCAAUGCACUGUAAUGAAGUUUCUUGUUAAUGUAUGGCAAGAUAUUAUUAUUCAUAGUGAUGAGAUAGAUGAAUUACUUCAACCGAAUUUAAUUGAACGUGUUCGAUAUAUAUUAAGUCGCAAUGUACUUUCAUGCGUUCAUCUUUAUAAUUGUUACAAUGAUUUGCCUGAACAACUCAAAAUUAUGUUUAUUGAAAUAUUUCGUGAACGAUCUUUACAUCUAUUAUCCUCUAAACAAUAUCAACAAUGGGACAAGGAUAAUUUGGAUUUAGACGCAAUUCUCAAACUUCUAAUAAAUGAUCAAAUUCAGUGGCCUUUAGAGGAUUACUUCAAAGUGUUAGAUCUUGUUUCCCAGUCUGUGGAUCUUGGGCUCUUGACAAAAUUCCAUGAGUUGCUGAAAUUUGUAUUUAAUACAUUUAAGGAAAUAGAUGAAUCUAAACUUUCAAUUUUAUGCAAGCAAUGGUAUCGAAAUUUAUUAGAGCGUGCAGCAAACUUAUCCAAUUCGGACAAUAAAUUCAAAGAUAAAUUUGCUUUUAUGGCAUUCAAUCAUAUUUCGAAGGUUUAUCCUUACAUUGGUAAAAUUCCUAUUUGGAAAGUUUUGCUUGAAACUGCAGUAAAUCGUGUUAAGUAUACUUCUGAAAAUAUUAUUUUCAACAGUGUUGAUAAAGUAGUAGAAAAAUUAGAGGUGCCUGUUGCAGAAGCAUUUAUUGCUAUGGUGAAGGAUAAAUUAAAUUCAUCCAUGUGUAUUGCGGAUAAUCAUCUUAUGACAAAGAUCAGACUGAUUUGUAAUUGUUCCACUAAUGAAUCUAAUGAAUUAAAAGUACCUACAAGUUCUAGCGAAAACAUUUUGUGCCAUAUUAUGACUCGAUUACAAACUAGUUUCGAUUCCCAAACAUUCUCUGAAGAUUUUCACCUUUCUUUGCUUAAUUCUGGAAAUUUUUGGAUUCAAAUAUUGAAAGCAACUGGAAGUGUUGAUAAAUUACACUCUCAUCCACAAAUAAAUGAAGUUCGAAAUGCUAUUUCUCACCUUAUUGAAAUUUUGAUUGAAGGAACUAUUAGUAUUUCUUUGCUCCAAGAUCUUUUAAAGAAAGAUGAUAAUUUUUUGCUUACAUAUUUUGGUUUCGCUAUUAUGAAGGAAGGUUUAUCUUCUAUAAACAAGGAUAUUCUAACAGGCAUUCGAGAAAAAUAUCGAAUUUAUGGACUAGGUCUUGACUACCUUAAUUCUUUUUACGCUGAAUUUUGUCCUCAACCUAUUGCCUUUGAUGUUAAAGAGUAUAUAGAUGACAUUUAUGAGAUGCAUCAACGCAAGGAGACUACUACACUUAAAGAUACAUCUUUGGAUAAUUACUGGGGAAUGCACACUGAGAUAUUGAGUAUUGCCGAAGAUUUAUAUAAAUAUAGGAAAUCUCAGACAUUCAAGAAUCUUUUUAAUUAUCUAAUAUAUGAAGAAUACGAAGGAGAUGUGCGAAAUGUUAAAUGGAUAGUUAAAAUAAUGCCAAAUGUUCUUAAAGAUUAUAGACAUCGGUGUGAGUCUUAUUCGAAAUGGGAAACAGGGAAAUUUUCAUUUUCCAAAAUUUUGUGGGACAAAGUUCCAGAUAUCACUGUCGAACUUGAUUUAAUGGAUGAUAUAUUAAAAAUUGAAAGAAGUCCAAAAUUAAUGAGAACAUUAACUAAUAUUUCUAAAGUUACUCAAUGGAUUGAAAAAUUACAACAACUUACUGAAGUUGUACUCAUCUUUAGUAUACAAAGGGAUGAAGAUGAAGAUAAUUGGUUACAGGAUACAUUAGAUGACUUAAGGGACGAUGAAACUUUGACAUUAGGAAAAUUAGGUGAUUCUUUUGAUUUAUUACGUGAAAGACUUCAAAUGCUUGAUGAUGCAUGCUGGACAUUGAUUAAGGAGUUAUCCCUUUCUGGAGAUUUUUUGGACUGGCUUCGGUCAAUAGCUGAUCAUGAUAUUAAGAAUUUGAUUAAUGGAGUAGACGAUCAUUCUGAUGAAAGACUUAUUCAAGAAGAUACGGUAUCAUCUCUUAUUCAAGUUAAACAAUUCCUUUUACCGAUUAUGAUAAAUGCAGAAAAUUUUUCGUUAGAAGAAUUUUUGAAUGAAAUACGAAAUGUUGCAGAAACUAAUUCUUCAUUAGCCAGUAAAAUUAUUUUGUGUAAUUGUAACAAUAUGGCAUUACAAAACAUGUAUGCUGCUAUCUCAAAUCGUGGUGAAGUAACCAAGGAAAAGAUUUCUAAUGCAGUCAAGAUUGGUGUCUAUGAAUUUAAAUGGACAUCAAAUGAUGAUGUAUGUUCGGCUACUCUAUCUUAUUCAUCUAAAAAUGGCACGAAAAUGACAUAUUCUAUGAGUGAUUUACAAGAUUUACGUGGUCGAGCAUUGUUAAUAGCUAAACCUGCAUCCACAAUAUAUGAAGAUGAGGAAGAGUCAAAAAAUAUAAUGAAUGAGUUUGUGCUACAAGUUGACAAAGCACAAAAUAUUAUUGAUGAAUCUACUAAGCUUAUCGAGGCUGGUCAUUUUAAUUAUCGUAAUUAUUCUAAAGAGGUUACAGGCCUAGAGCAAUUGAACUUACAUCUUAAAGCUUUAGAGAAGGAUUUAAAAGCUUGCAACAGCAAAGGAACUAAUCGAAAAAUUUGUGAAAAAACUUGCGAGAGACUCGUUAGAUAUGUCAAUUUUGGAGCAAAAUUACCGCAAAUACGGAAUCCUAAAGAUGCAUUAAAUGUUAAAAAUAAUCAUUAUAAAGUCCUUUGUGACAUUGGAAUAAGAUUAAAGAGCAUUUUUGAAUCUCUACCAAAAGAGCCUAUUCCUUUUGAAGAAUGUGGUGAACGUGUUGUUUCCGAUGUUGUAUACCCUGGAAAGCUAUUUGUUGCCGCAUGUAGCGAUCGAUCCGUUAUACCUAAUAUUAUAAUGUCAUUAUAUGCUAACAGUAAAUUUUAUCCUAAUGCUUGGCAACUCUUGAUUUGCACACCGAAUACAACUUCUGAGGAAAUAGCAAUAUUUAUCAAGAGAUGUUCAUUUGCUUCGUCCAAUGGAUACAAAGAUCAUCUUUUUUGUAUGGCUAAUCUAGAGGUUCUUGACUAUAAGUUACAAUAUUAUGUAGUUAAACAAAUACGAAGUCUUUUGGAUAAAGCCAAAAUUUUUUACUUGGCUUUGAUUUGUUGUCAAGAAUCCGGAAUGCAUCAUCACAUUUUGGAUCAAUUUUCUGAAGAUGUUCGCGUAACCAAUGGAUUAAGUACUAAAUCAAUGAAGGAGUCUUAUAGAGCAAUAUGCGAGAAAGUAGUCUGUGUAACUUCUAAUUUAUCUGGGCAAGGAAAGACCGAAUGGAUCAAACAAGAAAGUUAUAGGAAAAAUUUUAUUCCACGUACAUUCCUUAUUAAUGAUGGGGCUGAUUUUGGUAAAUUGGUGAGAAAAUUUCAGAAAUUCCACAUUCGUAAAAAUUUGGAUUCUUUACAUAUUAAUAUUAUAUCAGCGGACAAUCCCUGGGAAGUGAACAUGUUUUUAUUUCAAUUAUUAACAUUUGGAAUUGUUUCUCACCAAAGUGAUAUUGUAACCCUUCCGGAUAUCCGCAUAUUUAUCGAAGUUGCUUCUAGUGUGGAUAAUCGAUUAGUAAAAUCAUUGCCAAUAGUUAGUUAUUUAGAUACUCCACACCUUCUCUUCAAUUUCAAAAAAUUAAUCGUUUCAAAUGAAAUUUAUAGUCCAAUUCAAGUAGUUUGUCAAUACUUGAAUGCACAUGAACGCUUCUUAUUGGAUGAACGUGAAAUAUCUUAUCGUCAGCCCACACAUGAGCCUCUUCCUACUAAAAGAUGUCAACAAUUAUUGUCAAAAUAUUUCUUUAAUAUUAUUACUCCUGAUCUUUUAUCUUAUCGAUUCCUCGAAAUUUUUAUUAAUGUUUUUGCAAAUCAACUGAUCCGUUUGUCAUGUAGUUCGUUUUUCACAGUGGAAAAUUUAAGGCUAAUGAUCAAAGAAAACAACAUUCGAUCGACUUUGUUUAACACUUUAAUGGAUGUUUCUAAAGAUUUUGCCACACGAUCAAUUCACACCAAAACUUCUCAAAAGCAAGCGCUUUCAGAUUCACCAGAUCAAUUAGGAAACAUAACCAGUUGGGACGAUUCUAAUCAUCUUUUAGUGUUUUUCAUGUCUCAAACACCAGAUUCCAUUUGUGCUUUAUAUCGUGAUAAAGCAAAAGUUCUUGAAAAUGUUCAGACUUUACUUAAAAGUCAAGACAUUUCAAGUGAUAAAUGGCAAUUAGAAGACUAUAGAACAAUGCGAAUGGAUUUGUUGUUGCAGAGAUUGGAAAGUAUAGCACGUAAAACUCAUCAUAAAAUUGAUUAUCCGCCUUAUGCUUUAUCAGCUGAUAAUCUUUUGAAGAUGGCUUUGAUUUUGUUGAGAACGCGCUCUAAUGUACCUGUAGUCAUUUGUGGUGAAGCUGGAUGCGGAAAGACAAGUUUGAUUAGUUUCCUUGCUAGGGUGGUUGAAGCUGAAUUUCACGCUUUAAAUCUUCAUGCUGGCAUAACAGAGGAAAUGAUCAAUCAAUUUAUGGAAGAAUCUCAGACAGGUGUUCAUGAUCACGAAGUCUGGUUAUUCUUUGAUGAAAUUAAUACAUGCAAUCAUAUAGGUCUCUUAGCAGAUCUGAUAGCUCAUAGAGUAUAUAAAGGCAAUCAAAUGUUGCAUCCAAACGUUAAAAUAUUUGCUGCAUGUAAUCCGUACAGAAUUAGAACUAAAAGUUCAAGCAUUGCAGGAUUGCAGAUUAAAAGAUUCGAUGAACAAAGAAGUAAUUUAGUUUAUGAAGUAAAACCAUUACCCGACCAAAUCUUAGAUUAUGUUUGGGAUUAUGGUGUUUUGGAACCAAAUGAUGAAAGAAAAUAUAUAGAGAUUAUGACAAAAACUCAACUUGAUAAUAAUCUACAUCAUGAAAUGCUUGCCGAUCUAUUAUUCACUUCACAACAAUUUAUUCGAGAUGUUGAAGAAAAAUAUACUGUUAGUUUAAGAGAUGUUAAAAGAGCUAUUACUUUAAUAAAGUUCUUUUAUAAUUCAUUACAAGACCGGCCUCGAGUUAAAAAAGAUAUACAAUAUCCGCCUAUUAAACCUGAUAUAGUUUUACGUUCGUAUAUCCUUGGAUUAGGACUUUGUUAUCAGUCUAGGUUAUAUGAACAAGAACAGCGAACAGCAUAUAGAAAAGAGAUGUGUAAAAUAUUUCUUAAGAAUAAAUUUCCAAUUAGGGAAGAAUUGUUUAAAGACGUUAUUAGAAAAGAACAAGAGGAUUAUGUUGAUAGGAUGACACUCCCAUUUAAUACAGCAAAAAAUGAUGCAUUAUUAGAAAAUGUGCUAGUUAUGAUUGUUUGCAUUCUCACCAAAAUUCCCGUGUUUAUUAUUGGAGCACCUGGGUCUUCGAAAUCAUUAGCAAUUCGACUUGUGAGUCAGAACCUACGUGGUUCGGACUCCAAUGAUGCAUACUUUAAAACUCUACCUCAGUUUCAAGACACAAGUUCAGAUGAUUUUCCAGUGGUCAGUGUCGUAUUAUUAGAUGAAGUUGGAUUGGCCGAAACAAGUCCUCAUAAUCCAUUAAAAGUUCUUCAUUCUCUACUGGAACCAAGUUAUCCUGCUGACGGACCAACUGUUUCUGUUGUUGGAAUUAGUAAUUGGAGAUUGGAUAAUAGUAAAAGCAGUAGAGCCUUGUUAGUGCAAAGACCGCAAUUAACACUUAAUGAUCUUGUAGAUAUAGCAGUACGUUUACUUAAUGACCAAUCAACCACAAAAGUACAGCCAUCUUCUGUAAGACACAUAGCAACUGCCUACUUAGAGUAUGCAGAACAUGGUCAAGAAAUUCCAAAUUUCCAUGGACUUCGAGAUUAUUAUUCUUUAGUUAAAAAUCUUUCAAGUAAAGAACUAACACCAGAGAAUAUACAAAUGUCUUUAGCUAGAAAUUUUGGCGGUACCAAUAAUUAUUCUGAAAUUUGUAAAAAAUAUUUUGGAAAUGUCAUAGAUAUUUUUAAUUCAAAUCAAAGUUGGACUUACGAACCAAUAUCGACUAAAUCAUUAAUUAUUGCAAAUCUUGAAGAUGAAUUUGCUAGACAUUUGCUAGUAAUCGGAAACAGUGAUUCGAUUGUUAAUUUAUUGGUUUAUCAAUUGAGACAGCGAGAAUCGGAACCAGUCGUUAUUUUUGGAUCACAAUUUCCCAAAGAUCAAAAUGAUCAAGGAAGUGAUUAUUCAUAUACUGUUCUGAGUAGAAUUAUGAUGUGUGUAGAGGCUGGUAGGCCUCUUAUCCUAACUGACUUGGAUAUAAUCUAUGGAAGUCUUUAUGAUUUAUGGAACCAGAAUUAUAUCGUAGUUGGUAGUAAAGAUGAUCCGAAAUAUUAUACCAGAGUUGCGCUUGGCGCUUAUGCAAAUCCAAUGCUGUCCGUAUCAAAGAACUUCAGAUGUAUUCUUGUAAUGGAUGAAUCAAAAGUAAAAGAUGCUGAUCCGCCACUCCUAAACCGAUUCGAAAAACAAAGAAUGUCAAUGAGAGAUGCAUUUACAUUUGUUCAUGAAGAAUUGGUUGAGGAAUUAACUUCUUGGGCAAAGAGAAUGUCAACUAUAACUUCGAUGAAGUUCGCUGUUUCACAAGAUAAAUUUACAUUAAGUGACCUGUUUAUUGGAUUUAAUCCUGAUGAAACUAUUCAGAGUUUAGUAAUUGAUAUUAAAGAGACUUAUCAGGAGAUGAAUAGUUUGGAGAUCUUGGAAAAAUGUAAAGAAUAUUUGAUCGCGAUUGCUUCUUCUGAUGGCAUUGUUAGAGCUGAGAAAUCGGCAUUGGAACCAGAAGAAAUAGAACAUUGCAAAAAAGUUUACUUUAAAGAUCAACACCACGAUCAUCUGGAAGAUUAUUUUUCAUCUCUACUCGAUACAGAGCCGACAACUAAGGGACACCAGAUUAUUAUUAACACAUUUUCAAAUAUCAAUACAGACAUUGCUAAAUGUCUUAAAGACGUAUUUGCUUGCCAAGUUCUUAAACUAUCAACCUUUAAAACUGAAGCAGAAUUUCAAAAUCAAAUUAAACGAUUCUGGUUUGACUCGCCAAAUAAAGCGAUGUUGGCAUUGCAAUGUGAUCUUACUACUGCUAACGCUGGAUGCAUUAAAUUGGCCAAAUUUUUGAUUGAACAAUACCGAUUAGAAUAUUUGGCAAAAAUGGAAAAAGCUCAAGGGUCAGAGGAACAAGAAAACUUUAUAGUUAAGCAUUGGAAACAAGUUACAAUUGAGACAUUGGUUCGACAAGAGAAACCUCUAUCAUCACUUUUGUACGGGAAUCUUUGUGAAAUUAUUGAAGAGACUUAUCCAUUUGAAGAGAUUUUGAAACAAGAAUUGUUAUGGUGCUUAUUAUGUAUUAAGUACCCGUCUACUCUUAAAGGAGUUAACCAUCUAAAGUACAUAACCGAAAAAAUCCCUAAAAAUCAGGAACUUGUCAAUGCAUUGAAAGCAAGAACAAAAGAAUGGAUAGAGCAAGAAGAUUCAUUAACAGAUUGGCAAUAUCAUGUUGCAUCUAGUAAAAAAUCCCUAUAUCCACAUUCGUCAUUUGUUACAGCAUUGUUAACACAUAUUCGAGCAAUGGUUCGAAGACCAUUAGCAAAAUUAUUAUGCGCACUCGAACGAUUUUCUGCAAUUGAAACAUUUAUAAGCCUUACCCAUCUCAAAGAUGAACAUCAAGAUCAAUUAUCAACAUUCUGGAAGGAAAUGUUUGUGGAUAGAGAUGUUAUCAAUAUUGAUACAUUACCACCACCAAACCCAAAUAUAUAUUCAUUACCUGGAGGAGUUCAUGAUCUUAAAUUUCCAUUUUCUUAUUAUUUUAUGAAACAAAUCGAUCGCUUUAAAAGACUUUAUGAAGAAGAAAUUGCCAAACUUCAUGAGGACCCGGAAAACCUGGAUGAAGAUGGAACAUUGCUUAAUGAUGUAAUCGAGGAUUAUAAUAAGGGAUUUGCGAAUAAUAUUUUUAACUCAGUCAAACAUCUCAAAUCAUCACCGCUAGAAUGGAAUAGAGAAUUAUACUUUGAAGAUUUUAUCUCAGUAAUUUGUUCAAACGAACCGUGUUAUAAGAAGACGAAGAAAACUCAAAUCAUGUCGCUUAUUUUCAAGUGGCUACUUGGACUUGAGAAAGUGUUGAAUCCGAUACUUUUACACAUUUUCUGGUGGAAUAAUUCGAGCAGUGUUCUUGUGAAAUUUCAAUUAGCACAAAUGUGUUCAAAAAUUAGUGAUAUGAAUGAACCGGAGGAUUGCCAUUUUGAAAAAUUCCUUGUAUAUGAAGUAGCUGAACAAAAGUUAUAUGAGCUUGAAUCAAUAGAAAUUGUUCAACUACCAGAAUGGCAACAUGAGGCAACCAAGAUUAUAUCACUUUGUGCAAAACUCCCAGAAGCUUCUGAUUUAGAGAAUUGUCAUCUCUUGCAAAUAUGUAGUGAUUUAAUAUCCACUGAAGUAAUUGCAUUAGAUGCCAUUAAACAAAUUGUAAAAGUAGCAUAUCCAGAAGGAGUGCAACAAAUUUUCACUAGCAAAUUUGUCAAAACAGUAUUCCAAAUUUUAGAUGGAGUUAAAGAUUAUUAUGUUCCAAGGAAAUUAUUUAUGAUUAAAUGUCUUGAUAUUCUCCCAUUAACUUCGAAUAUACGUUUAGAUCUUUACAACAAAUUAUUCUCCAAAGACCCUUUUCCACUUAUGUCAAUAAUAAUUCAUAAAAUCUUUCAACAAGAAGAUGAGAAAAAUAAAGAUAUAUUCUUUCGAUUACUUAAAAUGCCUAAAACUGUUCGGACACUCUCUCCGAGGUUGAAUGCUAUUAAUAAUUGCUUAUCAAGUAUUGGACUUGGAUCUUUAAUGUCAACUUUAUGUUGUGAUGUUUUGCAAAAAUCAUUUUUCUCAAAUUGUACUUUAGAAUUUUCAACAGAAUAUUUCCAAGAUGCUAUUGGUGCAUUAUUAGGAUCAGGAUCAGAAUUAACAACGUUACAAAAAAUUGCAUCAAUAGCAUUUCUUAAGGAAUUUGUUCAUCGAUUCUGGGAAUACACUAAUAGCGACAAUAGGAUUUCAGACCCUAUAGAAAUUAAUAAUUCACAAAUGGGUGAUCUUGAUAUAUCAGAGUUAACAAAUCGACUUAAUUAUGAUAUGGAAGUAAAUAAACAAGUUCCAUUGAUUCAUUCUCUUAGAAUAUAUUUUUUGCGUGCUUUGCGGCGAUGUCGUGAAUUCUCGUUGGAUGACGUAAAGCGGUUUUGUAAAGCUCAAGAUUAUACAUUACCUUGGUUAUCAAAUUUAUCAUGGGAAGAUGAUAAUCAGGCGAAUAGGUUCCCUUUUAAUCCAUAUAGAUCGAAAGAAGAUUAUAAUAAUUUAGAGACUACAUUUACAUCUCUUCACAACUUUAAUAAUAAAGGGCCGUUUGAAAAGAAUUUCUUUACAAAGUUUAAAAAGAAGAAUUCAAAUCUAUCACACUUAGCAUUAAUAGGAUUGGUAUUUAGCAGAUUACACGCGAUCAGGGCUUCACGCGAAUGGACAGAAAACGAGACUUCAACAGCAUUGACUUUACAAGAAAGUAUUGAAGGCGUUGAUCAUCUUUCAACAAUCUAUAAAACCACCGUCAAAAACCUCAUCUCUAAUGAGCACAUACUUUUGGGAUUGACUGAAGCUAUUAAUAAUCAAGAUUUAUUGAUUAAAUCCGUUAUUGGACAUAUAAUUGCUUUGCAUGCGUCUAUUCGUCACGAUUCGUCACCUCUUGCUCAUUUGUUACAGAACUUACAUUACUGUAAAGGAUUAUUUAUUCCGUCCACUCCUUCAGAUGAAGAAUCCAUUAUUUUGAGUGUAGUCCUUCGAGGGGGUCAAAUAACUAGGUAUAUUAUUGCAUAUUAUGGUUUUACAAAUGGAACGGGAACAUGUCCUGAAUGUGGAAGGCAAAUAGGCCAAACAAAAUUGGAUGCUAAUCCGCUUAGAGCUUCAUUAAGCGCCAAAAACCAGACAGGAUACAUCGGAGAACCAAUAAACCAAGAACCUGCACAAUCAAUCAGAACGAUGUCUCCGACUUCGUAUCGUAUCUUACAUUUAUUCGUUCAUGUAAUAAUCGGAGCUUGGGCACAUGCACCACUGGCAUUAGAAUUCUUGCAAAAAAAUAAUAAGACAGCUACUGAUGCUGGAAAGUAUUGCAUGGACCAUAUAAAGAAUGACUGGAUGAUCUUAAGGAGGAUACUUAAUACUUCAGAUGAGAAUUUAGCGUUGGUUUUGCAUUCAAUUCUGGAUUUAAUGGUUCAAAUACCAUGUAGAAUGGUUUCAUUAAAGACCUCAGCAGAACGAGAUGAAUGGGAGACAGAAUUUAAAGACAAAUAUGUCGCCCCACAAGUUAGGAAUGUCACUGAAACGGCAGUCAACUUCCGAAAUAAGCUUGCUGAAGCCGAUAAGUCUCAAGCUAACGUAAAUAUUAUCGAAGCAGAAAUAAAUCAAACAUUAGCAAUGGACAAUAAUUAUCAACUUGAACAUUUGCCAAAAAUGUGGAGAUUCAUAUCUGAUAUUAGUUAUCAAAGCCUUCAUGCUCAUUAUUUGAGUGAUGAAGAUAGGCAUUCUAAAAAAUAUCCAUUUUUGGCUCAAUUCUUUAAACAUUCUGAAGAACUAUCGUUGAUAAAGCACCUUUUACCGAUUGUAAGAUUUGUGCAAAUUUUAUCUUCAAAGUUAGAAUAUCGAUUAAGUAGGGAUGAGGCUGAGGAACAAACUUUUGGCCAAUUUAUUGAUAAUGAAGAAGGAGAGGCGGAGGAAUUCGAAUAUUCCGACAAUAAUAUUUUGAGAUCAGCGUUUGAGGAUUUUGCAGAAUCUUGGAAUGCAAUUAUUGAUAAAGUUAAAAAUUAUCAAUGUCAUGCAAUUCCAGAUCCAAAACCGAGGAUAAAUUUGGAUUCCCCUGUUGUCUUAGGAUUGAUCGAACCAGUUAAUUCGGGCGUAUAUCUUUGCGCAAUUCUAGAAUACCUUAUUGGACUACAAAAUAAAUUUUUAGAAGACGUUAUGGCAAUUCCUCAUGAAUCCUGGAAUUCACUAAAAUUUUUGGAUGAAGCUUCGCUUGACUCUAAUGAAACAGUGACUUCAACUUCACAAACAGAAACAACAUUGCAUCAUUAUAUUAGAUCCAUUCGUUUAGAACAUGCUAAACCAAAUAAUUUUAUCAAUUAUGAAUGGAAUGACGACAUUCUUCAAUAUAGUCAACGGAAUUUACAAAUGGGACGUGGAGAUGACGUUACAUUUGAUUUACAAAAAAUUGAAUUCGAACUUGCGCGUCAAAUAGUUUUUGGUAAAGUUCAUAUUAGUACAAUUGACGAAUCGCAUUUAUAUCUGGAGCAGUUUAAUUUCCAUUUAGAAUUAUUUAAAGGCUACAUGAGAAUUCUGAGCGAUAUAAAAAUAUUAAUCCCGCAAAAACCUAUUUCAAGUUAUAAUAAAUCAAACAUUAUUAAUUUAUCUACUACCUCUUCAUCCACAAAAACUUUCUCAACCAUGGAUAAUUUAGAAUCUAUGUCAUUUGAAAACGCAUCAAAAUUACUUUCAUGUUUGGAAAUUUUACUCUGCUUCGUAAAAAGAAAAUUAAUUAGUGAUUCCGAAAUUUUAAUUAGUGAAUUUGUAAAACAAUGGGCGAAACUUUCUGUUUUGGUCGAUAAUGAAUUGUUUAUGGAUAUUUUAAAAGUUGAUUUAAGGCUCAAACACGUCGUAGCCUUAUAUGAGCUUAUUGAAGAACAAGUUGCUAACAAGAUUAUUACAUACGUCGAUGACAAAUAUGCAGAUCCAUUAACAUCGGAUCUAGAGAAAGAAAUUUCUGAUUCACUUGAUUUUGAUAUUACUAAUGACGUUGAUUCUGAAGAAACUGAUUUAAAACCAAUGGACGAUGUUAACGUAAUUGUUGAGGAAAAUAAGAAAGUUAAGAAAAUUCCGGCAGAAGCAUUUGUUGGCACAAUAAAGAGAUUUAUUUUUAGAUAUCUAAUGAAGGAAUCGAUUAAAGAAGAACAUCCAAUGUCGAUUUAUUUAACUGAUAGUUCGUUGAACUUAUGGCCAGCACAAAUUUCAGAAAAAUUGAUCGAUGAAUUUUUCCCAACAAGUUUGAUGGUAUGCCAUGCUUACGAAGCUCACCGAUUUGUUUCUGAAAAAGUUGAGGGAAUAAAGCAACUAUUGAACAACCAAAAUCAAAAUACCUCGAAACGUCUUCAAAGAAAUAGAAAUCCCAAACAGAAAGAACAAAAUGCUUCUCGUCAAAAUGGGAAUGGCCUUGACAAUAACUCAUCGUCUAAUACAUCAGCCAAUAGAGGUUCCCAUAGUUCUAGAGGUUCUAGAGGUUCUAGAGGAGGUAGAGGCUUUCAUAAUGGGCAUAACAAUGUUUCAAGAAGUCAGAAUCAAGGAAAUAGUAAUGCUUCGGAGGGUCAACAUCAUUCUGAAGAUGCUGAAUCUUCGAAAAGAGGGCGUGGUAGUCGAAAAAGAUCAAAGUUUCCAGAUUUUAACAAAAAUGAUGUGCUGUAA